UCUCGCGAUGGAUGGAGGAGGAGGGACACACCUAGCAACACUUGAAGAAGGACGGCCGCCAGAAUGCGUUCCACCUGCAAGUCUUGAAGCCAGCAGUUUGAAGAAAAGCAGCUGGGGGGUCUUAUUUACUGGCAUUGUUGGGGGGACGCUGGUGGCUCUGUAUGCUGUGGCCACACCAUUUAUAACACCAGCCCUCCGAAGAAUUUGUUUGCCUUUUGUACCUGCAACUACGAAACAGAUUGAAAAUGUUGUGAAAAUGUUGCAAUGCAGGAGCGGACCCCUGGUGGACAUUGGUAGUGGUGACGGACGUAUUGUGAUCGCAGCUGCAAAGGAAGGGUUCACAGCUGUGGGUUAUGAGUUGAACCCCUGGCUCGUCUGGUACUCCAGGUACCGCGCUUGGAGGGAAGGGGUGCAGGCAUCGGCCAGAUUUUACAUCUCAGACUUGUGGAAGGUCACCUUUUCGCAGUACUCAAAUGUUGUUAUCUUUGGUGUGCCCCAGAUGAUGGCGCAGCUGGAGGAGAAGCUUGAGCUCGAGCUUCAGGGCGACGCGCGGGUCAUUGCUUGCCGGUUCCCCUUCCCGCACUGGACCCCGGCGCAGGUCACAGGGGAGGGGAUAGACACCGUGUGGGCCUAUGACGCGCGCUCUUUCAGGGCAGGAGGUGGGAGGCCCUGAAGACCCGUGCACUUCCCGUUGGUCGUUCCCGUACAGCCUCUACCCAGAGUUUUCUGAGGUGUUGGAGUCUUUAAUCUUCUAGGGACUUAAGGCUGUGUCUUCAGCAAAGAUUAUGUUUUUCACCGCUGUGGAAUGAGAAGUGACAAUUACUUUCCCUGACUUUUGGAGAAAAUAAGCAGAAGUUGAGGGCAGCAGGUAGAUGAAAAGCCCUUUUUGCGGUGUACGCCAGCAACUGUGCUCACCACUCUUCAUGCGCUUGGCCGUGAGAAGAUUCAAGUAGGCUGUGCUCACGUUGAUGGCUGGGAAAGACGUUAGCAGCUCUGCACGUUGUGAAGGAUAUGAUUUGACGCCACAGAUGACAAGAAAUAAUUUUUAAAGAGGGAAUGUAUUGUAAAUGCUUGCUGUUUCCUAUAACUUUAUUCAUACUUUAGAUUUAUCACUCUUUUUUUUUUCUUUCUUUCUGUACUUCAGGACAAGAUUAAUUUUCUAAAGGUUUGGAGAAGUGUUAUAUUUUAUAACACUUUUCUUGGAAUAACUUGUUCCAAGGCUAUUGGAUUACUAUAUUUUGUCAAUCUAAGAUCUGUAUGUGUGUGUAAAUCUGUGUACAUACAUACACAUUUUAACAUCUCUGAAUUGUGACAUACCUUCCAGUUGAUGGUGUUUUGUAACUUAAUUGGCAGUGUGGCGCUUCAUGGCACAGUUGUAUGUCAGCCACUGUUGGCAGUCUCAGAUUUGAUGAACUGUGGUGGAAUAGUUGGUAUGAUUUGAUAGUGAAAUAAACCAUCCUGAGCUUUGGUAAGGCAGACCUGGGUUCAGAGCCCUGCUUCAGCAGCAGCAGGGCCUUGUCCAAGUGGCUGGGCCUUGGUUUCCUGAGCAUCGCUGUCGUUUGGAUAGUUAAAUGCUGAACAGGGGGCUGGAGACCGAUCUGUAGAACUCUCAGCAUGGAGUCUGAGGCCUGUAAGUGGUGUUUAUUAUUUCAGACACUAAAGAAAAGCUUAUUCACAGAAGCUACAGAUUAUUUCUGCUAGUCACCUCUUUAUUUUAUUAAAGCAGCCAUUUAUUUAAUAUUUCUCAUUUGUGAGAAGAGACUUAACUAAUUUAGAUAAAGACACAUCAAGGAAAACCUUUGAAUGUUAGUAGAUAAACUUUACAUAUCUGAAAAAUGAAUAUUGACUUGGCUCGCACAAUCCCAAUGUAUCACAGAAAGGAAUUAAACUCCCAGUAAUAUUAAACCUGAAACCUGAACACCAAACCAUCUUAAGAGAGGUUUGAUAAAAUGAGAUGGUUUGCAUUUUUAACUAAACUGAUAAAAAUAUGAUCAGUUUGAUAAUCUUCACUUUCACGAGCAGCAAGUUGGGACUCAUUCAUUCAACAAAUGCUUAUUGACUGUCUA